AUGGUGCGCUCGUUUCCUAACAUCGUCAUCACGGGGACCCCCGGUACGGGCAAAUCCACACACUCGUCGUUACUCGCCUCGUCGUACUCUCCGUCCGGCUCGUCCUGCCACCCACUGCGUCAGAUCGACGUUGGAGUGCUCGUGAAAAAGGAAGGCUUCUACACCGAGUAUCUGGAAGAAUGGCAGAGUUACGAAGUGAACGAAGAUCAGCUGCUUGACCACCUGGAGCCGCUCACCGGAACCAAGGCGCCAGAACCAUUGGACGCGGAAGAGUUCGAUCAGGCCGAACUGACGCAGGCAAAGCAACAGGGUGAUGAAGGCGAGGAGAGGGGCGGCUUGGUCUUGGAUUGGCAUACGUGCGAUGUGUGGCCCGAACGAUGGGUCGACUUGGUCGUCGUGUUGCGCUGCGACCAUGGUGUGCUUUGGCAACGUCUGGAAAAGAGAGGUUACCCACUGAAAAAAAUUCAGGAGAAUAACGAGGCCGAAAUCAUGGGCGUGGUCGCCGACGACGCACGCUCCUCCUACCCCGCAGAGGCAAUCGUUGAGCUGCAAAGUCAGGAGUCGGGCGACGUCGAGGAGAACGUCGAGAGAAUCAUUCAGUGGAUUCACGCUUGGAGACAGGCUCGUGGCUUGGAGUAA